AUGACACACACUGGCGAAUAUACAGCGCCAAAAACACUGGAUACCGCGUUAGACUUACUCGAUAAGGAGGCAGUCGAGCUGGAUCGCAUCAUGGAUACUUUCGCUCUGGAACAUUUCCUGCUGGUAAAGCGGUUUGAAAGGGAUGCUCUGGCACGGAAAGAUCCUGAAGAGGUACGGAUGGUGCUUACUGAGCUGUUUUAA